AUUUACAAAAAAAACUUUUUAAUUUUUAUUAGUUUUAGCCACAAAUGGAUGCGUACAAGUAUUCCCCAUCUUUCCCUCAAUAUGUGGGGUAUCCAGAAGGGUUCCCAGACCAUGGAGACGGGUUUGGGGAAUACUAUGACUUGGGACCAAUGAAUGCGGAUCGGGAGGUCAACAGAUCAGGUCGUUCCAAACAACGAAAGUCUAGAAAACGGAACACAAAGAAUUCCCGAUCAAGAAGUAGAACGGUAUCUAAAUCCAAUUCUCGCUCAAGAUCUCGUACAAAAUCUCGGUCUCGGACUCGGUCGCACAGCCAAUCUCGAUCCAGAACUCUGUCCCGGACACGUUCUAGGUCUAGAAGUAGAAGUCGGUCUGUAUCUCACGGCAAGAAAGAAAUCAAGGAACCGGGCUUCAUGGAUGCUUUCAGAGUACUUUACUUAACACCGAGUAAACACAAAAAGAGCACGACCAAAUACUUAGCAACGAAGAAGCGUCAAGAUCGCAUCCAGGAACUACUAAAGAGCGAUGGUCUCGGUUCUAAGAAAUGGCGGUUCUAUCCUCGAAUCCAGAACCAGGGGCCGGAGCCUAACGAGGUACCGGGUGUCAGAGACAAUGUUGACCAGAGAGUCAAAGUGGACGGGGACUUCUUGAGGAAGUACAAACGCAGCAAGACAGUAGAUGCGGACGCUCCUAUAGCCAAGCUGAAGAGAUGGGAAUUGGUCUUAUAUAAGAGGUUAGGUUUUAUACAGGCAGUUUAGUUUUGUAGUUUAAUAAAGUUUAUGU